AUGACCUCACACAGCAGUGCGGAACAAGAGCAACCUGCGUCCGCGCCUUCAAGGGGAGAUGAUGCAUCAGUCGCGGACGAUGCGGACAGCGAGAUAGACGAUGAGGAGUUGGAUAAUUGGCUUGUGCCGACGUACAAGCCUAAAUUUUACUCGAAAAGGCCCAUGAAGAAGGCUCUCACAGCACCUUGGGGUCUGCUUGUCAGCAAUGCAGAUGUGGCAAAGCUCAAGACUGGUUUCAAGUCUCAAAGCAUGGACCACAAAUGGGACUUUCUCGUCGAGGACCCGGACAAGAAUGGCAACACGUCGAUCCACAUUAUUCGGACCUGGUGUCGAGAGGAGUGCUGGAUAAUCCAUCUUGUUCCAGCAUCAGACGACCACGAUGGCGGGAGUGCAAAGAUCGAAAGCAUCACAUGGGAAGGGAACAAGGCGAUAGGACGAUGCGAUGCAGAGCAGGCCAAGAAGGAAGCCGUCAUUCUGCUCAGAGGCUGGCUUCGCUGCGAGUUUGCGACACUGCCGCAAUACGCACCUGGCGUGUUUUACAAUCCCAAGGCUUAUACCAAGCUGAAUACAGAAUAG